AUGAGGAUGCUCCUGCCCCUGGGGCUGCUCUUUGCUGCCCUGUCCUUGGGAAGCUGCAUCCCCCUGCAGCAGGCGCUCAACCGCAGCAAACUGCUCCUGGUGUCCUUCGAUGGCUUUCGCUGGAACUACGACCAGGACGUGGACACCCCCAACCUGGACACCAUGGCUGCAGAGGGGGUGAAGGCCAAGUACAUGACCCCUGCCUUCGUCACCCUCACCAGCCCCUGCCACUUCACGCUGCUGACCGGGCGGUACCUGGAGAACCACGGGGUGAUCCACAACAUGUGGUUCGACACCAAAACUGGCGUGAAACUGCCCUACUACACCACACAAGGCAUAAGCAGCUGGUGGGACAACGGCAGCCUCCCCAUCUGGAUCACUGCGCAGAGACAGGGUUUGAAGACAGGCUCCAUCCACUUCCCUGGAACCAAGGCAAAAUACCAAAAGGAAGAAGUGUACAAGAAGUUGGUGGAACCUGCAUUGUUCAACUACAGCAACGAAACCAACUGGAGGCAGAGCAUCGACACCGUCAUGGAAUGGUUCACGGUGGACAACCUCGACUUCAUCACGCUCUACUUUGGGGAGCCAGACUCCUCAGGACACAAGUAUGGCCCUGAAUCCACACAGAGGAAAAACAUGAUCAAGCAGGUGGACAGAACCGUGGGUUACUUGAGGCAGCGCAUCCGGGAGAGCGGCCUGGAGUCCAACCUGAACCUCAUCAUCACGUCCGACCACGGCAUGGAGACCGUGCUGAAAACCGACGAGAUCCACCUCCGCACCGUCAGCAACUUCACCUUCAAGGACAUCGACUUCGAGCUCCUAGACUAUGGACCAAGCGGACUCCUGGUGCCCAAGGAAGGGAGACUGGAGCACGUGUACUCAGUCCUGAAAAACGCCCACCCAAAGCUGCACGUUUACAAGAAGGAGGAGUUUCCCAAGAGGUUCCACUACGCCAACCAUUCCCGGAUCACCCCACUUGUGCUGUACAGCGAUCCAGGCUACGUGAUCCACGGGAGGUACAAGGUCCAGUUCAAUAAAGGAGAACAUGGCUUUGACAACGAGGCCAUGAACAUGAAAACCAUCUUCCGUGCCGUGGGACCGGCCUUCAAGAAGGGGCUGGAGGUGGAGCCCUUCGAAAGCGUCAAUGUCUAUGCCCUCCUCUGCGAGCUGCUGGGCAUCACCCCCGAGCCGCACGACGGCUCCCUGGAGGUCACCAGGCCCAUGCUGAGGGAACCCACGGACGGUAGCGAUGGCAACGGCAAUGGGAACGGCAAUGGGAACGGCAAUGGCAAUGACAACGGCAAUGGCAAUGACAAUGGCAAUGGCAAUGGCAAUGACAGUGGGAACGGCAAUGGCAAUGGGAACGGCAAUGGGAACGGCAAUGACAACGACAAUGACAAUGACAAUGGCAAUGGCAAUGGCAAUGGCAAUGACAAUGGCAGCAAUGGUGAGCAGCGGGAGUCCCGGGGGGCAGUGGGAGGGCAGCAGGCACCGGCGGUGACAGUGGGCAUCAGGAACAGCAACAGGCACCAGAAGUGGCAAUGGGCACCGGGGGCGGCAAUAGGCACCGGGAGCGGCACCGGGAGCGCACCGGGAGCGGCACUGGGGGUGGCAAUGGGCAGCGGGAGCGGCACCGGGCACGCACCGGGAGCGGCACCGGGCACCGGGCGCGCUCCGCUCCGCCGGGAUUCCCGCGGGAACAGCGACACCUGGCGGCCGCCGCCGCUCCCGCCACCCCCGGCGGCUGCGGGCACCGGGCCGUGCCCCCCCCAUCCCCGCGCUCGGUAA